AAGAAAGAUGAAGAAUACAAAAGUGAUGUUUUAUCAAAGAAAGAACAAAGAAAAUUACAAAAAGCCAUCUCAAAAGCUCAAGGUGAAGAAGAUGAAGAUGAAGAGGAAGAAUCUGGAUCAGAAGAAGAUGAUAUUGAAAUUGCUGAGGAUGAAGAUUCUGAAAUGGAAGAAUACUUGUUAGACCUUGAGAAAUUAGCUAGAAGUGAUAGUGAAUCUGAAUCAGAAGAUGAAGAAGAUGAAGAAGAGGAAGCCCAGGAAAACGAAGCUGAAGAAGAAGAUGAUGAAGAAGAUGAUGAAGAGGAUGACGAAGAAGAAGAAGACAUUCCAUUAUCUGAUGUUGAGAUUGAUUCUGAUGCUGAUAUUGUUCCACAUACCAAAUUAACUAUAAAUAAUGUUGGUGCUUUAAAGAAUGCUUUGACACGUAUUCAAUUACCAUGGGAAAAAUAUUCAUUCCAAGAACAUCAAAGUAUAACAUCAGCACAAGCUGUCGAACCUGAAAUCAAAGAUAUUUAUGAUGAUACUCAACGUGAAUUAGCAUUUUACAAACAAGCAUUAAACGCGGCUCUUCAAGGUCGUACUAAAUUAUUGAAAUUAAAAGUUCCAUUCACUAGACCUCAAGAUUAUUUUGCUGAAAUGGUGAAAUCUGAUGAACAUAUGGAUAAAUUGAAAUUUAAAUUAAUCAAAGAAGCUUCUGAAAAGAAAGCAUCUGCUGAAGCAAAGAGACAAAGAGAAUUAAAGAAAUUUGGUAAACAAGUUCAAAAUGCAACUUUACAAGACCGUCAAAAACAAAAAAGAGAAACUUUGGAUAAAAUUAAAGGUUUGAAGAGAAAGAGACAAAAUGAAGAAAUUUCUGCCAAUGAUUUCGAUGUUGCUGUUGAAGAAGCUACUGCUGAUAUUGAUGAACGUAAAGAUAGAAACAAAAGAACUAAACCAAACGCUAAAAGAAUGGCUAAGGACUCUAAAUAUGGUCAAGGUGGUAUGAAGAGAUUUAAGAGAAAGAACGAUGCUGAAUCAAGUGCCGAUAUAUCUGGAUUUUCACAACGUAAAAUGAAAGGUAAAUCAGCAAAACGUCCAGGUAAAAGUAAACGUAACAACAGA